AUGACCGAAAGAAAGGCUUUCAAUAUUAUUAAAGCUGUCCCAGGUGUUGGUCAAGCGUAUGGUGUCGUGCGAGGUGUUGUUUAUGCAGAAAAAGAUGACAUGCAUGAAGCAAAGCAUUCCGUUACAGUGGACUUGGCAGAUUUGAAUCCACUACGAAUACCAAGAAAUCUUGCACAUGGUAUCGCCAGUGCAACGAACGAUUUGGAUGAAGGCGCUUGGAUCGGAAAACGACCGAUUGGUAAACAACUUAUUGGUCUUGCUUAG